CAGCCUGUGGGCUUCAGUGCUGCGAGAGAGCGCUGCCGUCAGGAAGGCCCUUAUCCUCAGCUCUGACAGUACCGGCCAGGUAGAGAGAGAGAGAGAAAGAACGUGGGACAAGAGGCAGAGAGGGAGAAAACCAGACAGGAAGAGUGACAAAUGAUGAGUGCGGGAAAAGGGGAUUGAAAGAAAGAAAGGGGGAGAGUGAGAACAGGAAAGGAAGACAAAACGAGGUCAGCGAGAUAAAGGAGAAAAUAAAGAUGAAGACAGAGAGACGCACACUUGGCCAGCCGUACUUCAUUGCUCUGCACCUUUCUGUGAUUUCGCUUCAGUUGUUACCCUGAAAACGCGUAAUGGUUACUGAAGGUUAUUGUUUGCAGUCAUUCUCUGGCCUGUUAUUAUCUGAAGGCUUGCUUCCCAAUUCCCAAGCCUCUGUCAACAUCUUACUGUGAAGCUAAUCACUGCCUUUCUACAGUGGCUGUGAUCCUGCUGGACUCUGGGCAGUCUUUUCCCCACUCACAUACCGCUCAAUGCCAAGCAACUCAACACAUAUCAGCCAUGCCUCAGUAGACCACGCUCUUCAAGAUCAUCUUCAGGGACCUAAGCACAAAAUCAAGUCUGAUCCACCCAAUGUGCGACUAACAGAGUGCUGUGCAAUCAGAGGGUCAGUAUUGAAGAAGCAUUGCACCAACGGAGGGUCAGUACUGAGGGAGUGCUGCACUGUCAGAAGGUGCCUAGAUCGAUGCUGGUUGUCUGUCUGCUGGUGAUCUGCCUGAUUUCAUUCCUUAUUGAUCUUCUAGCAGUUUUGAUACAACUGGUUGCCCAUUUCAGAGGACGUUUAAGAUUCAACUACAGUGCUGUGUGUCUGGAGUCAUAUCUAGGCCAGAUCAGGAACACAGACCAGUGUGAAAUAUUACAGCUGCAGCAAGUGCAGACAAGCUCAAUACCCUGUCUCAGAAUCUCUGAUCUGUCCACUCACCGGUGACAAUUCAUCGAAUAGGACCUCAUUUUCUGGGAAUCACUUUGGGACAUCUUGAGGUGAUUAAAGAAUGCGUCUUUGGUGUGACCCUGACAACUUGUGGCUGAUCUUCCUGCUGGGACUCCAGCUAUCGGUCGCCAGAUCAGAGGGGAAUGUGACCGUAUUGCCCACAGCUUUUCUCCAUGACCUCCUGGAUCGUUACGCGGACAAUGGAGUCCUGGAGCUCCAUCAGCUAAAGGCACUCCUUAACCGGCUGGAUGUCGGUGUGGGUAAUGCUAAGAUACCAACAGACCUGGGCACUGCUAACCUUUCCAAGUGCUUCUCCUCCUCGCAGCUCUUUGCAGUUCACGAUCUGAACAACAGCAGCAGAAUAGACAGCGCUGCCUUCAAACACAUCUGUCCCACCAUCCUUCAACAACUGGAGAGUGGAGCUUGUGCAGCAGAAAACCAGGAGAAUGAGGAGGAUGAGGACACCCUGCUCUUAAAACCCACACCCUCAGAGGUGUGGGGCUUUGGUUUUGUCAGUGUGUCUCUGAUAAACCUCAGCUCACUGAUUGGAGUCAUUGUCACCCUGUGCCAGCGAAAGCCUUUCUUCCACAGGAUCCUGACAUUCUUUGUCGCACUGGCGAUCGGCACGUUGUUCUCCACUGCCAUUUUCCAGCUCAUCCCAGAGGUGCAGUACAACAUCAAAAAUACUAUACCCUCUGUCCCCCAACUUCCAGCCCUGUGCCGGAUAACUGCUGUCUGGGGUUAUGGUUUUCUCUGUGUGACAGUCAUCUCCCUCUGCUCCCUGGUCGGGGCCAGUGUGGUGCCAUUCAUGAGGAAAACCUUUUACAAGCGACUGCUGCUCUACUUCAUCGCCCUGGCGAUUGGCACUCUCUACUCUAACGCCCUCUUUCAGCUCAUCCCAGAGGCCUUUGGAUUUGACCCGAAGGAAGCUGAUUAUGUAUCCAAGUCAGUCGUGCUAUUUGGGGGAUUCUACCUGUUCUUCUUCACGGAGAAAAUCUUGAAAAUGGUGCUUAGACCCAAAGAUAAGCGGGACCUGGAUCCAAACCACAGCCAAUACAGAGCUCAACAAUACGGCAGCAAAAGCGAUCAGGAGGACGGAGUGAUGGAAAAACUUCAGAAUGGAGAUCUGAGUCACACACCAUCCAGCCAUAGUGAGGAUGCUGAACAGAGGAUUUUCACCGAGGAUUCCGCUGAGGGGGAGCCAGCCAUUACCGGGGCCUUGUCGGUGCAGGAUCUGCAGCAGGCUGCAGGAGGGCCCUGUUACUGGCUGAAGGGGAACCGUUACUCUAACAUUGGUACUCUGGCCUGGAUGAUUACUCUCAGUGAUGGACUGCACAACUUUAUUGAUGGCCUUGCAAUCGGAGCUUCCUUCACUGUCUCUGUCUUCCAGGGGAUUAGCACCUCCGUGGCAAUCCUUUGUGAGGAAUUCCCCCAUGAGCUCGGUGACUUUGUCAUCUUGCUCAAUGCUGGCAUGAGCCUCCAGCAGGCUCUCUUCUUCAACUUCCUGUCAGCCUGCUGCUGCUACCUAGGCCUGGCCUUUGGUAUCCUCGCUGGGAGCCACUUCUCUGCCAACUGGAUCUUCGCGCUGGCUGGUGGAAUGUUCCUCUACAUCGCAUUGGCUGACAUGUUCCCAGAGAUGAACGAGGUGAGCAAAGGAGAGGAUGGAGAGGAAUCAACCUCAUUGUUGGUGUUUGGAAUCCAAAAUGCAGGCCUGCUGACUGGAUUUACAAUCAUGCUGCUGCUGACCAUGUACUCCGGGUCAAUCCAAAUCGGUUAGACUUCAGGCCUCGUAGGUAAUGAACAUCCAAAGCCAAGGCAGCUUGCUGUGGAGCCAGUCAAGUUUAUCAAAUCUCUGAGGGGACACACACACAGUUGUGAACGUUGGCUGACUCAUUUAUUGCCACAACAAAGGUGGCCUUUCAUUUAGGAACCUGCACUUUGCAAAAUAUAAUCUUCUUAGGUUGGUUAGCAACAAUUUCAUUCCAGCUCACUUACAGUCCAAGAACUUUUUGUCCAGUAAGGUUGAAAACACAAAAGGAGUAUCCCUCCAGAAUCAGUGUUAUGUGGAAUUGUCUCGCCUGGACAUUAGCCAUAAGCAUUCCAAGUCUAAAAGAGGGAACAGGAGUAAUCUGCACAUUCAAAAAGCACUGGGGACAAGGGAGAGGGAGUUGACAAUAGUCAGGCUUAAACACAGGCCUCUAUCAGAGCUGUGGCUCAUAUUCAGUUCAACAUGUAACAUUUUAAAAGUAGUCUGAUUCCGCUGACAUCUUUGGUGACACACAUUGGACAAAGUCUGCUCGCAGUGGAAGUUUUAGACACUGAACUGGGAAAGUUGCAGUUUAUCACAGCCUUAUCACCAUAGCAACAGGAUUACCACCCUCCCCCUACCCUCCCUAACUCCCUCAGCCCAGGUUUACCCACCUCCACAAUCUGGGUUAUGAUAAAAUGUGCUAACACUAGUGUUAUACUUCCUCUCUCAAAGUGACUCCCUGUGGCACUUGAUUAUCUGAAGAAAUUCUGUUGGCUCAUCACGUGUAGGGGUUUAUUCAAUGUAUUUUCUCUCUGUCCCCACACUUGCUUAUUCACGCAAAGGGGAAUGGGAUGAAGACCACCCCAGGACGGUCAAUGGUCAGUGAUAGAUCAACAGGAAUUACUAACCUAGGAGUGAGUAGCUGAGCAGGGGAGAGGAGGCCAUUGUUGAACAGGAACUCUGCUGCUUUCACCCUGGACAUAGUCCUUCCAAACAUUUCCAUUAUAAAUUCCUGUGUCCACCUGAAUAAAACUGCUUUUGUAACUCUGUCACAUAUUGACACCUCACCUGUCAUGGAGCUGCUACGUUGCCACCAAUGGUAGUGGGAUGUGAUUGCAGUGUGAUGUUUACAUACACUGCUCCCAUUAUAAAUAUAGAAACAUAGAAAAUAGGAGCAGGAGUAAGUCAUUCGGUCCUUCGAGCCUGCUCUGUCAUUCAAUAAGAUCUGACCCUUUAUCUCAAUGCCAUACUCCCGGUCUCUCUCCAUACCACUUGAUGCCUUUAGAGUCUAGAAAUCUAUCUAUUUCCUUCUUAAAUAUACUCAGUGACUUGGUGUCCAUAGCCUCUGUGGUAGGUAGUUCCACAGGUUCAUCACCCUCUGAGUGAAGAAGUUUCUCCUCGUCUCAGUCCUAUCCUGAGACUGUGACCCUUGUUCUAGACCCCCAACCAGAGGAAAUAUCAUCCCUGCAUCCAGUCUGCCCAUCCCUGUCAGAAUUUUAUAUGUUUCAAUGAGAUCCCCUCUCAUUCUUCUAAACUCUAGUGAAUGCAUAACUAGUCAGCCCAAUCUCUCCUGAUGCGACAAUCCUGCCAUCCCAGGAAUCAGUCUGGUGAACCUUUGGCAAGUAUAAACCUUCUUAGGUAAGGAGAUCAAAACUGCAGACAAUACUCCAGGUGUGGCCUCACCAAGACCCUGUACAGCUGCAGUACGAUUUGCUCCUGUACUCAAGUCUUCUUGCAAUGAAGGCCUUCUUACAAUGUGGGACAGACGAAUUUAUAAUGGAAUCGAAAAGGCAGAGUGAAAUCUCUCAGGUUAAAAUGAGCACAAUCUGAUGCCAGCCUCGACUCCCUCUGCACCCUCUGACCUGAAGCAGAUCUCAAUGCCCUGUGUGCAACUCCUCAGUCAGGAGAAAUUGAUUGAGUGAAGCCAGAGCCAAAAUGAGCUGAUUGGAAUUAACAAGAAUAGUCAUAAGUUGUGGAUGGACUCAUUUCUCUCAUCUGUCUAAGUCACUGGGCAAGGAGCAGGGCCGGGAGCUGAGCUUUCUCAGGAUAUCCAGUGAAAUGUACCACAACUCUGGUCCCCAUCAGCAAAAGCAACUCAAGCAACAUGUUGGUAAUUGAUUGUCCUUAUUUAAGGUGCAGAUAUGAUAUUGUAAAAAAAAGUGAAAGCAUUUGGACAUCACUGUUUAAUAGUUUUACAAUGUAUUGUACACAGAGAGUAAAUAUACUGGUUAUAUGUUCAAUGUAGAGGGAGGUGAUAUAAUGUAGGCACAGAGAACAGUAGGUGAUAUGGGGAGUGAUGCUACAUAGCAAUUAGCCAGUCUGUGAUGCCUUUUUGAAGUGAAAACCUGUUUGCCCUCAUGUUUGCCACCUCACCAUGUUAGAAGCCAGUCUCUGUCAUGUGUGGAAAUGACUGAGCAAGCCUGAGUUUAAUACACCAAACUGUUCAACAUUCCAGUCAACAAGAAACCAAACCCACACCUAUACGUGUGCUGUUGGACUGAACCAAUUUACGUGGUGCAGUUUGAAUUAAUUAUUUCCAGUCAAGUAGUCAACAGGAAUCUUACUGGAACAUGUUAAAAGCUGACUUUGGACUUCAUUUCAAUACAGAACAAGAUUUGUUUUUUUGCUAAAGGUCCACUGAUAGAGACAGUGGGAUUCGAACCCACUUCAGCAUCAAAAGAUUUUUUUUCUCUUCAAUAUUUCAACAGCAACACACUUGGUGAGACAAAUACCUUAAGGCAGGGAGGGCAAUCCCCCUUCUGCCUAUCUGUGGUGGGGGAAGGAUGGUGUCGUGGAUUCUCAGGCCAUUCAGCCCUCCAUACCCCGAGUAGAGGUUUACCAGAAGGCUGAAUCAGGAGGUGGCAUUCACCAGAACAACUGCAGCAUUGCCAGACAGGCAGAUAGAUACCAGUGGGACCCACUCACUCUAACCCUCAGUUUACCUGGAACGUUCCCUGGAUUCAAACAGUCUUCGCCGGAUCGGAGGCUCUGUCAGAAUCUGACGUUCAAACACACGGGUCUGAUUGCAAAGACUGUUUUGUGUGUCGCGCGAUAUGCUGUGCGUUCCCAGCGACUUGAUACCAAAAUGAUAAGAAUGCUAUACUGACAAGGAUUAUGUUGUAAAUUAUUAAUUAUCGAACAAGUUGAAUUACGACUUGGAGAUUUGAAUAAAAGUGAGCUGAUUGGU